UCGGCUCGUCUCUGCUGCGCCGCUCAGAAGAAACUUGUGCGGUUGAAACUUUGACAAGCAUCGUUAAAUGUGCGCCACAUAGCAGGACACAUUUCAAAGUAUAUGCUGCUCAAGAACUCACCCAAUGUCUGACGAAGGAGAGGAAACCGACAGCGGCGAGAGAGCCCACCUCUCUGAGUCUCCCUCCCCGCCUCUGUCUGUCUAUCCUCCCGGAGGAUCUCCUCCCUCAUCGCGGCCCCUGGACAUCUUUUCCUCCGCCUCUCCGCUGCUGGGGGACACAGACCCGCCUUACCUCGCCACUCCGGAGUGCGUCCACGCGCCUCCAGAGAACCGGGAGCUCGGGUUCUCCCCGCACUUCACACCGCCAAAGUUCUGCCAGAGCACCGGGGACAUUGGCUCUCCGUUAUGCUCGCGGCCGGAUGUGCGGAUAGAUGCGGUGUACGACCACCGCGAUGACCCGUUCCCCAAGUGGAGAGGACGAGGAGCGGCGAACGCUGAGCGCUUUCAGCACCGCGGACAGAGGCUCCACCGGGCUCCGGAGCUCUCAGACCACGGGAACCACUUCUCUGCUGAGCACAUCGACACCGGGUUCAACUCCGAAACCAGGCAAACGGUGGAGGCCAUGCAUCGCCGGCACACCACACUGAGAGAGAAGGGGCGUCGCCAGGCAGUGCGGGGCCCGGCCUAUAUGUUCAAUGAACGCGGCUCGGCGCUAACACCAGAGGAGGAGCGUUUUCUGGAUGCUGCUGAAUACGGAAACAUCCCCGUGGUUCGCAAAAUGCUGGAAGAGUCCAAAACCCUCAACUUCAACUGUGUGGACUACAUGGGCCAGAAUGCUUUGCAGCUGGCAGUGGGCAACGAGCACCUAGAAGUGACAGAGCUGCUUCUAAAGAAGGACGGUUUGGCCAGGAUUGGGGACGGCCUGCUUUUGGCUAUCUCAAAGGGUUACGUCCGAAUCGUUGAAGCCAUUCUUGCCCACCCCGCUUUUGGCGGAGGUCUCAGAUUGACUUUGAGCCCUCUGGAGCAGGAGAUGCGUGAUGAUGACUUUUACGCCUAUGACGAGGAUGGAACACGUUUUUCACAUGACGUCACGCCCAUCAUCCUGGCUGCUCACUGCCUGGAGUACGAGAUCGUGCACAUCCUUUUGACGAAGGGGGCCCGCAUAGAAAGACCCCAUGACUACUUCUGUAAGUGUUCGGAGUGUGUGGAGAAACAGAAGAAAGACUCGUUCAGUCACUCACGCUCCAGGAUGAAUGCAUAUAAGGGUCUGGCCAGUGCAGCUUACCUGUCGCUCAGCAGCGAAGACCCUGUGCUGACUGCCCUUGAGCUCAGCAAUGAGCUGGCAAGACUGGCCAACAUCGAGACAGAGUUUAAGAAUGACUACCGUAAGCUGUCCAUGCAGUGUAAGGAUUUUGUGGUGGGUGUGUUGGACCUUUGUCGGAACACAGAGGAAGUGGAGGCCAUACUGAAUGGCGACGUAGACCAGUGCUCUCCAAGCCCCUACAACCGACCCUGCCUCAGCCGUGUCAUACUGGCCAUCAAGUAUGAAGUCAAGAAGUUCGUUGCUCACCCCAACUGUCAACAGCAGCUGCUGACUAUCUGGUACGAGAACCUGCCCGGUCUGAGGCAGCAGUCUAUCGGGGUGAAGUGCUGGACGGUGCUGGGGGUCACCGUCGGUCUGCCCUUCCUGGCUAUCUCCUACUGGAUAAUGCCAUGUAGCAAGCUCGGUCAGAUCCUGCGAAGCCCCUUCAUGAAGUUCGUGGCUCACGCUGUCUCCUUCACCAUCUUCUUGGGUCUGCUGGUCGUCAACGCCUCCGACCGCUUUGAGGGUGUCAAGAACCUGCCCAACGAGACCAUCACAGACCACCCGCGACAAGUCUUCAGGGUCAAGACCACCCAGUUCUCCUGGACUGAGAUGUUGAUCAUGAAGUGGGUGUUGGGUAUGAUUUGGUCAGAGUGUAAGGAGAUCUGGACCGACGGGCCGCGAGAGUACAUCAUGCACCUGUGGAACGUUCUGGACUUUGGCAUGCUGUCCAUCUUUGUGGCGUCAUUCACGGCACGCUUCAUGGCGUUCCUCAAGGCGUCCAAAGCCCAGCAGUACGUGGACAUGCACGUUCCAGACGAAGACCUCAGUAACGCCUCGCUGCCUGAUGAAAUCGCCUACUUCACAUUCGCCAGGAACAAGUGGCGCCCCUCAGACCCCCAGAUCAUCUCAGAAGGCCUGUACGCCAUCGCUGUGGUGCUGAGCUUCUCGCGCAUCGCUUACAUCCUGCCAGCCAACGAGAGCUUCGGCCCGCUGCAGAUCUCACUGGGGCGCACGGUCAAGGAUAUCUUCAAGUUCAUGGUCAUCUUCAUCAUGGUGUUUGUGGCCUUCAUGAUCGGCAUGUUCAACCUGUACUCGUACUACCUGGGAGCCAAGUACAAUCCUGCCUUCACCACAGUGGAGGAGAGUUUCAAGACUCUCUUCUGGUCCAUCUUCGGGCUGUCUGAAGUGAUCUCUGUGGUGCUGAAGUACGACCAUAAGUUCAUAGAGAACAUCGGCUACGUGCUGUACGGAGUCUAUAAUGUGACAAUGGUGGUCGUCCUUCUCAACAUGCUCAUCGCUAUGAUCAACAGCUCGUACCAGGAGAUAGAGGAGGAUGCCGACGUCGAGUGGAAGUUUGCCCGAGCCAAGCUGUGGCUCUCCUACUUUGACGAGGGCCGCACCCUGCCCGCCCCCUUCAACCUGGUUCCCAGCCCAAAGUCCUUCUACUACCUUGUCCUCCGCAUUAAGUCCUGCCUGAUACGCCUCUGCAAGGCCAACAGCCGUCGCCAUAACAACGAGCUGGAGCUGGGCAUGCUCAACUCACAGGCCAAGGAUGAACGCCACAGGACUUAUCCACGCCCAGGAGAGGAGUUCAUCCCCAAAAAGUCUAGGAAACACCCGACCAGAUACCAGGUAAGACGGAGGGGGAAGGGUGGGUGGAGCAAAGAUGAAACAAAGCAGAGCAGAGAACCUUAG